CACACUGCACAGCCAGAGGGGGAGUUCAGCUCGUUUCACCGUUCACCGACUCCGCGUGACGCUUAAACACGAGCAGCGCGCGGCGAACGCGAGGAAGCUCUCGCGCUCUCUCACGCGCAAAGGAACGAAUGCAUACUGAUGAAUUUGAAUCUACCGUGUCAGAUCGGACCUGAGCGUUUUAAUCGAUGUCGGAGUUUUAUCUCUGGAUAUAAGCCGAAUCCUCCUCCUCCUCCUUAGCUGAACGGAAAGACCUCAUCAAAGAGGCAAAUUAUGCCAGCAGUACCAGAGUCGCUGUCUCUGGUGACGUGCCAGCCUGUUGGUGAGACCCUUCGCUCCAGCACCCAUCCCUGUGCCCUCUCCCCUGGCAGGCCCAUGCUGGUGGACGCCCCGCUCAGGCUCACGCCCGCACCAUGAGCGCCAACGGCCCUGCUCCGCGUGCUGCGACUCCUGCCGCACCCCCCGCAGCCUCCGUGCCUGUAUCGUCAGUGGUACCGGUCGGCUCGCUGGCCCAGAAGAAGCGGCAGCAGUAUGCCAAAAGCAAAAAACAGGGCAGUUCGGCCAACACGCGGGCGCAGAGAGCUCUGUUCUGCCUCAACCUCAACAAUCCCAUCCGCCGGGCCUGUAUCAGCCUCGUGGAAUGGAAGCCAUUUGAUAUCUUUAUAUUGAUAGCGAUUUUCGCCAACUGUAUGGCCUUAGCUGUAUACAUCCCCUUUCCCGAGGAUGAUUCCAACUCAACCAACCACGACCUGGAAACAGUCGAAUAUGCCUUCCUUAUCAUUUUCACUAUCGAAACCUUCCUGAAGAUCAUAGCGUACGGCUUGGUGAUGCAUCAGAACGCGUAUGUACGAAACGGAUGGAACAUGCUGGAUUUCGUCAUUGUCGUCAUAGGAUUGUUUAGUGUUGUCUUGGAAAUUUUGACCAAAGAUGUGGAGAAGGAUUCUGUUAGCCACCCGCCUGUUCACGGCCAUGGAGGGAAACCAGGAGGUUUCGAUGUCAAAGCCCUCAGAGCCUUUCGAGUGCUGCGACCACUUCGCCUGGUCUCAGGAGUGCCCAGUUUACAGGUGGUGCUGAACUCCAUCAUUAAAGCCAUGGUUCCCCUCCUCCACAUUGCCCUGCUGGUUCUGUUCGUUAUCAUCAUCUACGCCAUCAUCGGUUUGGAGCUUUUCAUUGGAAAAAUGCAUGCUUCCUGUUACUUUCAAGGAACAGAAAUAAUAGAGGACGAACCGGCACCGUGUGCUGUUAACGGUCAUGGCCGCACAUGCCCCAUUAACGGCACCGUGUGUAAGGAGGGCUGGCAUGGCCCCAACGGAGGCAUCACGAACUUCGACAACUUCAUGUUUGCCAUGCUCACUGUGUUUCAGUGCAUUACCAUGGAGGGCUGGACGGAUGUGCUCUACUGGAUGAAUGAUGCUAUGGGGUUGGAGCUGCCCUGGGUGUACUUUGUGAGCUUGGUCAUCUUCGGCUCUUUCUUCGUCUUGAACCUGGUUCUGGGUGUGUUGAGCGGAGAGUUCUCUAAAGAGCGAGAGAAGGCGAAGGCUCGUGGAGAUUUCCAAAAGCUACGAGAGAAACAGCAGCUGGAGGAAGAUCUGAAAGGUUAUCUGGACUGGAUCACGCAAGCCGAAGACAUCGACCCUGAGAAUGAAGAGGAAGAUGAGGAAAGCAAACGCAACCCAAGCAUGCCGGCGAGUGAGACAGAAUCCAUGAAUACAGAAAAUGAGAAAGGAGAAGAUGAGAAGGCGACAUGUUGUGGCCCAACAUGUCAAAAAAUUUCAAAAUCAAAGUUCAGUCGGCGCUGGCGUCGCUGGAACCGGUUGUGUCGAAGGAAUUGUCGUUUGGCUGUGAAAUCUGUGCCAUUCUAUUGGCUGGUGAUCAUCUUGGUUUUCCUCAACACUUUGACUAUCUCUUCAGAACAUUACAACCAACCCAUGUGGCUCACACAAGUCCAGGAUGUGGCCAAUAAAGUGCUGCUGGCCCUGUUCACGUGUGAGAUGUUGGUGAAGAUGUACAGUCUGGGUCUGCAGGCUUAUUUUGUGUCUCUGUUUAAUCGCUUUGACUGCUUUGUUGUGUGCGGAGGCAUCACAGAGACAAUCCUAGUCGAGUUUGAGGUUAUGUCACCUCUCGGCAUCUCAGUGUUUCGAUGUGUGCGACUUCUCAGGAUCUUUAAAGUCACACGUCAUUGGGCAUCUCUCAGUAACUUGGUGGCAUCUCUGCUGAACUCCAUGAAGUCCAUCGCUUCUCUACUGCUGCUGCUCUUCCUCUUCAUCAUCAUCUUCAGCCUCCUCGGUAUGCAGGUGUUUGGUGGCAAGUUUAACUUUGACGAGACCCAAACAAAGAGGAGCACCUUUGACAACUUCCCUCAGGCCUUGCUCACUGUGUUUCAGAUUCUGACUGGUGAAGACUGGAAUGCCGUCAUGUACGAUGGAAUUAUGGCGUACGGCGGCCCAUCAUCGUCAGGAAUGAUCGUGUGCAUCUACUUCAUCAUUCUCUUCAUAUGUGGAAAUUACAUUCUUCUGAAUGUGUUCUUGGCUAUCGCUGUGGACAACCUUGCUGAUGCAGAGUCUCUGAACACAGACAACGAUGAUAAGAAGAAAUGUGAUGAAAUUGAUGAAAUUGAAGAUGAUGCCAAGCCUGGAGAGGAGGAUGAGAAUGAAAAUGCAGAGGAGGAUGAAGAAGAGCCGGACGUUCCUGCGGGGCCCCGCCCAAAGAUCUCAGAGCUUGUUAAGAAGGAGAAAAUCACUCCAAUCCCAGAGGGCAGUGCGUUCUUCAUCUUUAGCAACACAAACCCAAUUCGUGUGGCGUGCCACAAGCUGAUAAACCACCACAUCUUCACCAACCUCAUCCUUGUCUUCAUUAUGCUAAGCUCCGCCUCCUUGGCAGCUGAGGACCCAAUCAGAAACUUCUCUGCCCGGAAUAUUAUACUUGGUUACUUUGACUAUGCUUUCACGGCUAUCUUUACUGUAGAGAUCGUGUUAAAGGUCCUAGGCUAUGCAGAUUAUGUCUUCACUAGUAUGUUUACAUUUGAGAUCGUGUUGAAGAUGACCACUUAUGGCGCGUUCCUCCACAAGGGGGCCUUCUGCAGAAACUACUUUAAUCUUCUAGAUCUGCUGGUGGUCGGCGUGUCGCUGGUGUCCUUCGGAAUUCAAUCGUCGGCCAUCUCAGUGGUGAAGAUACUGAGGGUUCUGAGGGUGCUGCGUCCACUCAGGGCCAUAAACAGAGCUAAAGGACUGAAGCAUGUGGUCCAGUGUGUGUUUGUGGCUAUCAGGACUAUCGGAAACAUCAUGAUUGUCACCACUCUGCUGCAGUUCAUGUUUGCCUGCAUUGGUGUACAGCUCUUCAAGGGGAAGUUUUACCGCUGUAAUGAUGACACCAAGACCACCCCAGAAGAGUGCAAGGGAACGUAUAUCCUGUAUAAAGAAGGAGACGUGAACCAGCCAUUCAUUCAGAAGCGCCACUGGCACAACAGCGAUUACAACUUUGAUAAUGUGCUCAUGGCUAUGAUGGCUCUAUUCACAGUGUCCACGUUUGAAGGCUGGCCAGCGUUGUUGUACAAGGCCAUAGAUUCCAACCGGGAGAACAUGGGUCCGAUCUACAACUACCGUGUGGAGAUUUCCAUCUUCUUCAUCAUUUACAUCAUCAUCAUCGCCUUCUUCAUGAUGAACAUCUUCGUGGGUUUCGUCAUUGUGACCUUUCAGGAACAGGGAGAGAAAGAGUACAAAAACUGUGAGCUGGACAAGAACCAGCGUCAGUGUGUAGAGUAUGCGUUAAAAGCGCGUCCUCUCAGGAGGUACAUCCCAAAGAACCCGUAUCAGUAUAAGUUCUGGUACGUGGUGAACUCCACCGGCUUCGAGUACAUCAUGUUCGUCUUGAUCUUACUCAACACCAUCUGUCUCGCUGUUCAGCAUUACGGUCAGUCCGAGCUGUUCAAUUAUGUUAUGGACAUCUUGAAUAUGGUCUUCACCGCCGUCUUCACUGUGGAGAUGGUGCUCAAACUGAUCGCCUUCAAACCCCGGCAUUAUUUCACUGACGCAUGGAACACGUUUGAUGCCUUAAUUGUUGUCGGUAGCGUCGUAGAUAUUGCUAUCACAGAAGUCAACCCCACAGAGGCACCUCAGGUGGAUGAGACGGGGAACACCGAAGACAGCGCUCGCAUUUCAAUAACCUUCUUCCGUCUUUUUCGAGUGAUGCGAUUGGUCAAGCUACUGAGCAGGGGGGAGGGCAUUCGAACCCUCCUCUGGACCUUCAUCAAGUCCUUCCAGGCCCUGCCGUAUGUGGCUUUGUUGAUAGCCAUGCUCUUCUUCAUCUAUGCUGUCAUUGGCAUGCAGAUGUUUGGGAAAAUUGCCAUGGUGGACCACACACAAAUCAACAGGAACAACAACUUUCAAACCUUCCCUCAGGCUGUGCUUCUGCUCUUCAGGUGUGCAACUGGUGAAGCCUGGCAGGAGAUCAUGUUGGCGUGUAUGCCAGGGAAGCUGUGUGACCCCGAGUCGGACUAUAAUCCAGGAGAAGAGAUGACCUGCGGGAGCAGCUUUGCUAUUGUCUACUUCAUCACCUUCUACAUGCUCUGCGCCUUUCUGAUCAUUAACCUGUUUGUGGCUGUCAUCAUGGACAACUUUGACUAUCUGACCCGUGAUUGGUCGAUUCUGGGGCCACAUCAUCUCGAUGAGUUCAAGAGGAUUUGGUCAGAGUAUGAUCCAGAGGCCAAAGGCAGAAUAAAACAUCUUGAUGUAGUGACGUUGUUGCGCCGUAUUCAGCCGCCACUUGGCUUUGGGAAACUCUGUCCUCAUAGAGUCGCCUGCAAGAGGCUGGUGGCUAUGAACAUGCCUCUGAACAGUGACGGCACUGUCAUGUUUAAUGCAACACUUUUUGCUCUUGUUAGAACUGCGCUGAAGAUCAAAACAGAAGGUAACCUAGAGCAGGCGAAUGAAGAGCUCAGAGCUGUGAUUAAGAAGAUCUGGAAAAGAACAAGCAUGAAACUUCUGGAUCAAGUGGUGCCCCCUGCUGGUGAUGAUGAGGUAACGGUGGGGAAGUUCUAUGCCACUUUCCUGAUACAGGACUACUUUAGGAAAUUCAAGAAACGCAAAGAGGAAGGCCUGGUGGGCGUUCACCCAGCACAGAACAACACCGCCGUCGCCCUGCAGGCUGGCCUUCGUACGCUGCAUGACAUUGGGCCAGAAAUCCGCCGUGCGAUAUCAUGUGACCUGCAGGAUGAUGAGCUAGUAGACUUUAUGCCAGAGGAGGACGAAGAAAUUUAUAGGCGGAAUGGAGGACUCUUUGGCAACCACAUUAACCAUAUAAAUGGUGAUCCCCGAAGAAGCUCCGGCCACCAGACAAACGCCACACAGCGCCCCCUGCAGGUACAGCCGCCCCCACAUUACGCCCACAUGGAGCAGCCCGUGGGGCGCCUGGGUCGCGCCAACGUUAUGGCGCAGCAAAACCAUCACCGCCACCACCACCACCAUCAUCAUCAUCACAACUCCUACAACAAGUCGCCCAAGUCUACCAACAUCAACCUCAACAACGCCAAUGUGUCCAGUCUACCCAACGGAGGACACAAUCGUUACUAUGAGCAUAUGCCCGCUAACGGUUACCCGGGAUCAUACUAUGGAGAAUAUGACAAGCCCAGGACCCCACAUGGUCAAAGAAGGCGCUACUAUGAGACGUAUAUUAGGUCGCAGGACAAUGACAGAAGACGACCCACUAUACGCCGCGAAGAGGAGUACGAAGAAGAUCAUUACACUGGAGAGUACUACAGUGGAGAUGAGUUUUACGAAGAUGACAGCAUGCUGUCGGGUGACAGGUACCCCAACAGUGACCAGGAAUACGAGACACCACGGGGUUACCAUCAUCCUGACAGCUGCUAUGAGGAUGACGAGCAGCCCCUUUAUCAUGAUUCACAUAGGUCACCAAAGAGAAGACUGCUUCCUCCAACACCGCAAGGUAAUCGGAGACCAUCGUUUAAUUUUGAGUGUCUGCGCAGACAGAGCAGUCAGGAUGAUCUUCCUCAUCAGCGUACUGCUCUUCCAUUACAUCUCAUGCAACACCAGGUGAUGGCGGUAGCGGGUCUCGACUCCAGCAGGGCUCACAGGCUUUCACCUACUCAAUCUACUAGAUCAUGGGCAUCACCUCCUCCCACUCCUGCAAGUAAAGACCGGACGCCGUACUACACACCGCUUAUCCGUGUGGACCGUCCUCUGAGGGACAGCGCCCACAGCAGUCACUCAUCCAUCAGGAAAAGCUCGUGGUAUACAGACGACCCCGAGUACCAGAGGAACUACUCACCAGUUCACCUGCAGGUCCCACCCGAGUAUAGAAACCAGUACCACCAAAAGAGAGGCAGUGCUACCAGCCUGGUAGAGGCAGUCUUGAUAUCAGAAGGACUGGGUCGAUAUGCCAAGGAUCCAAAGUUUGUGGCCGCCACGAAGCACGAGAUCGCAGAUGCGUGCGAGAUGACCAUUGACGAAAUGGAGAGCGCUGCCAGUCAUCUACUGAACGGGGGCAUUACGCAGGGUGUCAACGGUGUCACUGUCUUUCCCAUAAUGGGCCACAGAGACUACGAGCUGCAAGAUGUCUCAGCUAGCUACAGUGACGAGGAACCAGAACUCGAACCCAGACCGCAGUAUGAGGAGGACCUGGCAGAUGAAAUGAUAUGCAUUACCACUUUAUAGCACUUGAUAAGCGGCUACUGCUGUUCCUCAGAAACUGAUCAGCAAAACAAACAAAUCGAAAUAUAGUAUAUUUACUGGCUUACUACCUAAAGAAGUGCCUUUACAGCAGAGCAGAAAGGCACCACAAGAACGGACGCUUUGGUGCCACUUGCUCACUUCCUGCUCACACAGGAAUUUGGCAGUCAUGGCACCAGGGAGGAGCUAAGAACUCUGGAGGUAAACUUUAAUUGGCUGCUUGUACCGUCACUGCAGGAAAUGGACCAAUGAGCAGUGAGGGGAGGUACCCGGGGUGGGGGGGUGGCAGGCUGUUUCCACGGUGAUGACAAUCAAACGAAUGUCAUUACCUCAGUCACUUUAUUAAGGGUUUUGCAUAUCAAGCACGUUGCAAGCUCAAUGCAAGCUAAGUAUGGCAUAUCCCUCAACAAAGGCUUUAGUUUCGACUCGCCCCGUAUUUUAGUACCGUUUAAGGCAAAGUGCAUAUUUUAGAGAACAAACGCUAAUUCUACAACACUGGUUUACAAUAAGGAUAUCAUGCAGUUUGGUGGAUUUUGAGAGGAUUUCAGCAUUUGUGUUGAAUGCACUAGCAGACAGGUUAUUUUUUUAAUUUAGGAUAGCCUGUUUGAUAUUUCAUAAUAUGCUGUAAAUGACUUGUAAUAUAUAAAGGUAAAGAAAACUUUGUAAAGAGACAUAUAUUUUGUAAUUGUGUACUGUACAAAAAAGAAAAGCAGCAAUAUUAAUCCUAAUUGAUGUUAUUGCAUUUCAAAAAAAGACUAAAUUCGGUGUUAUUUUAAUAGGUACUGUACUUUAUUAUUAAAUACUUUGCCUUUA